AUCUAGGGGUGGAUAAGUCAGCAGCCAGAUCCCCUUCCCUUUGGUGAAACGACCUCCGACUUCGUGACAUAUUUGGGGGCAUUUUUGGCAGUAUGCUACGUACACAGUUCGAUCAGGGUGGUGUACCCUCGGAAAAAAAUAUCCUGGAUGAGGUAUAUACCAACGAAAACGAUGAUCUUAGUACGGAGGAGAUAAUCAAGGAUUGGGAUGAUGGGGAGGAGGGGAGGGUUCGGAGGAAAAUCGAUAUAAUCCUAAUCCCCAUCCUCGCUCUCGCCUUCUUCGGUCUCCAAAUCGACCGCGGAAACAUCAGCGCCGCACUCACCUCCACCAUCACGAAGGAUUUACACGUCACCACUAACCAAAUAAAUAUCGGAACGCAGUUACUGUCCGCAGGGAUAGUCAUUACAGAAAUCCCCUCGAAUAUUAUCCUCCAAAGAUUAGGUCCGCAGGUAUGGCUAUCUGCGCAGUUAGUGGCCUGGGGUUUGGUCGGGACGUUCCAGGCGUUUGUUAAAUCGUAUCCGGCGUAUUUGGCCACGAGGUUGUUGUUAGGGUUGUUGGAGGGGGGUUUAUUCCUGGUUUGUGCGCUUUAUUAUCUUUCCACGUGGUAUAAACGCUCCGAGACGAGUUUUCGGACCACAUUGUUCUUCUAUGGACAGAUGUUUGCGGGGGCGACGUCGAGUUUGAUUUCCGCCGGGUUGUUGAAGUUGGAUGGGAAGUGUGGGUUGGCGGGGUGGAGGUGGAUUUUUCUAGUCGAGGGCUUAAUCACCAUAUUCGCUGCAAUCCUCUUCAUCAUGUUCAUCCCCAAAACCGCCGGUGACGGCAGUCCAUUAAUCAGCAUGGGUCGUUGGAGUUACUUUACUCCUCGCGAGAAACACAUCAUCCUCGACCGGGUGAUCCUCGACGACCCUCUCAAGACAAGAAGACAUAUUAAAAUCACCGGUCGGGAUAUCUGGAAGACAGUCACUCAGCCCACCACUAUCCAACAUAUGAUGAUCACCUUGGUUGCCAUGUCGGGAUUUCAGGGAUUGAAUACCUAUGCGCCUAGCAUGAUUAAAUCGUUUGGAUUCAGUGCUGUCAGAGCGAAUGCCCUCGCUUCGGUCCCGGUGUAUGCGAGUAUUGUUUGGACGACUAUACUGGCUUAUUUCUCGGAUAAAACCGGUCUCCGUGGCCCGGCUGUUCUCCUUUGCAUUACUUGGAAUGUCAUUUCCUAUGCUUGUCUACGGACUAGUCCAACGGAUGCAUCGAGUUGGCAUAAAUAUGCCGUUAUUGCAAUAGCUAAUGUCGCGUAUUGUAGCAUGCAUGUCCUCAACGUCGGCUGGCUAGCCUACUACUGCAAAACUCCCCAAGAGAGGAGUAUUUCCAUGGCAUUAAUAGUCAUGUCCGCAAACCUAUCCGGUAUUUCUGGCGCACAAAUCUUCCGCACCUCCGAUGCCCCAUUAUAUAUUCAUGGUCUCACGGCGAUUUGUGCUCUUGCGGCGGCUUCGUGGGUGUUGGCUUUGGUGUUGAAUUUGUAUUAUGUUUUUCUCAGGAAGAGGGGGCAGAGGGGGGGGUGGUGGUGUUAG